CUAAAACAUAAUCGAUUAAGUGAUUCAACGGAAGAGGAAUUAGCUAAAGCUUUAUAUAGGAAUAUCACUUUAACUGAUUUAAAUCUAAAAACUAGUAAAUUGGAUGAAUUAUCAGAGAAGGUGCUUGUCGAAGCUUUGAACAAAAAUAAUACUCUAAUUAAUUUAAAUUUGAAAUCUAACCAGAUAGGUUAUUUAGCAGGAAACGAACUAGCAAAUGCACUGUGUAAUAACAGAGAUUUAAUAAAUCUGAAUCUACAAAACAAUAAGCUAAGUAAAGAGAUUAAAC